AUGGGUUUGAUUCGAAUCGCCCUAGCGGGUGCUACAGGAAACCUUGGCCUCCCUAUCCUCGAAGCUCUUCUUGACGCAAAUUACCCCGUUACAGUCCUCUCGCGCAUAGGCGGCAACUCGUCGAAACUAAAGCCUCACCCAAACCUUGUCAUCAAGGAAGUCGACUUCAGCUCUGUUGAAUCAUUGACUCCGGCAUUGCAAGGGGUCGACGUUGUCAUUUCAUGUCUUGCCACGAUAGCCAUUGGCAGUCAGAACCCCUUGAUCGAUGCAUCCGUUGACGCAGGUGUGAAAAGAUUCAUUCCGGCAGAAUUCGGUAUGGAUUCUCAAAACCCUCUCAGCGUACAACUCCCGGUUUGCGCGCCCAAGGCCGCAACGCAGAAGUAUCUCCUGGAGAAGUCGGCUUCUCAUCCGGCGUUCACCUUCACUGGAGUCGCGAACGGGCUAUUUCUCGACUGGUGUCUGGAAGAGGGAAUCAUAUUGGAUCUAGCACAUCAUACCGCGACUUUAUACGACGGCGGCGAUGUGCCUUUUAGUGCCACCACUCUAGCUGACAUCGCCAAGGGUGUUUUGGGCGUCAUUGAGCACCAGGGCGAGACCGCUAACCGGAUUGUCUACAUCCAUUCCGCUGCGGUUACUCAGAAUCAAUUGAUUCAGUACGCCCAAGAUAAGGAUGGGAAGGCAUGGCAAUCGGUUGUGAAACCUACCGACGAGGUCAAGCAGGAAAGUUUUGCGGAAUUGGCCAAAGGUGCGCAGGCAGACGUCCAUGCGGCAAUGGUUGGAUUCUCCAUAUUUGGCUGUUGGAGACCAGACUAUGGUUGUGAUUUCUCAGCUCACUUGGAUAAUGAGCUGUUGGGCGUGAAGCAAUGGAGUGAAGCUGAACUGAGGGCACUGGUGGAAAGUCUUUUGUAG